AUGUCGGAAUCUGAAGGAGAAGCCACUUUUGCUAGUGCAGAUGAAGGAGAUGGGGUAGACAAGGGAGAUAAUGGAGAUGGACCUGCAAAUAAAGAAGUUGAACCUCCAAAGGCAGACAACAAGAAAGAGAAAGAACAUGCAGAAACUGCUGGCAAUGCAGUGGCAAAAAAGGGAAAAGAAGAUGCAGUAGAGGGCAAGAAGGAAACACAGAAAGGACAAAGAAAACAGCAGCAGGCAGCUGGUAAAGGUAAAGGAAAUACUGCAGCAGCUCAGAAGGAGGUGAAAACAAAAGUGAGUCCCCCAGGGAUUGCAACAAAGAUAUCUCCUGGAGUCAAAAUCCCCAAGGCAGCAGGGAAAUCUCUAGAGGACGCAAAGCCUGAAAGGAAAGAUGAAAAGGCUGAAAGUGAUUCAAAACUAAAUGUUGCAAACAGACCAGAAACUACUCCAGAAGGAGCUGUUAGAGGUGAGAAGGAUGUAGAGAUACAGGUUGGCAAAACUGUGGAACCAGCAAGAUCUGCUUUGAAGGGUGGGCAAGAGGAAAGUUUCUCUGAGAAAAAGCAGGAGCAUGUAUCCAGUCCUCAAAGUCUGGGUGGAUCUGUGGCUUCUACAGGAGGACAGCAAGUCAGCAGUGUAGAGGCUGGAGAUGCUACAGGAGGACAGCAAGUUAGCAGUGUAAAGGCUGGAGCUGCUACAGGAGGACAGCAAGUUAGCAGUGUAAAGGCUGGAGCAGCUACAGGAGUGCAGCAAGAUGACAGUGUCCGAGCUGAAGACUUGCAGAAAAAAGAAGAGACAGAAGAUUCUGGUCCAGCAGUGCAGGACAUCCCUCGAGGCCAGCAGGAUCACACGCCACAGCAGGAAGAAGUCUUGAAGAAACUGGGAGAGUUUGCUGAAAAAGGUUCAGGGGCAGGGUGGGGCUGGAGCAACUGGGGCUCAUCACUGCUGACUGCAGCCACAAACUCUGUACAAACAUUUACGCACCAAGUCGGUGAUGGAUUCACCACUAUCCUGGAGACUGUGGAGUCAUCUCUGGGAGUUCCUGACCCAGAAGACGUCGCCAAAGCUCAGACUGUUACAGAACCACCAGAAGGCGACAGUGCAGUGGUCUCUCAACCAGAAGAUGGGAAGCAAGAAGAAAAGGUUAAGGUGGAUGAGAGCUCCAGCCAGACCAACCCCAAAACUGAUGCACUGGAGGAUGAAGAAGGACAGUCGGAUGAGAAAGCUGAUGAAAAUAUAGAACAGCCAAAGAAGGAAGGAGAUGGUUGGUUUUCUAGUUGGAAGAUGUCAGAGUUUGCCAAGAAGGUUCAAGACACGGGCAAAUCGUUGGCCUCCAAGGGUCACACACUGAUGGCAGAAGGGUUUGAUGCUGUGGAGAAUUUAGCAGCAGGAGGCAUCGAUGUCCUGGAGACUAUUGGCAAGAAAACCUAUAGUACGCUCUCGGAGCAUGAUCCUGCGUUCCGCAAGACCAGGGAGUUUCUGAGCCCCAAAGGAAACAAGCCAAACCUCUCCAGUGUCCUGCGGGAAGCCAAAGAGAAGUCAGAGUUUGAAGCCGAGCAGGAGAAGCAGAAUGAGGAGGCCAGGAAGGCUCACUUUGGGACUUUGUUCGAUGAUUACCAGGGAAUUGCUCAUCUGGAGGCCUUAGAGAUGCUGUCCAACCAGAGUGAAAAGAAAGUUCACUCCCUCCUCAACGUCCUGUCUUCAGCCGACCUGGCAGAGAUUAAACCCACCCUCCUUUCCAUAAAGGAGGCCUUUGAGAUCACUGAGGAGGAUGGUGAUGCAGUGACAGAACAAGACUUCUCCAGCCUGGUCAGCCAGUGCGUCUCCGAGCUUCAACUGGGCACUGCACCAGACAAGUUGAACAAGGUACAUGAGAUGGUGAAACAGUGGAUUGUGGACUGUGACUCCCACGAAACACAUGAGACAGACAGCCUUAAGGAAGUUCACCAGAAGAGCAUCCAGGCUCUGGCAGAACUGACAGCCAAGGGUGUGGAGCAGUUCCACAAGGCUGGAGAGCUGGUCCUGUUGGAGCGGGACAAGGAUAAGGACUGCACAGAAAGAGCCCAUAGUUUGGCCAGGCUAACUGGCGUCCUGUGCCAUGAAAUCGGCAACUUGGCCAGCAAAUUUGUAGAAAUUCUCAACAAAAUGGCUGGUCAAGCUGAACGCACAGAUGAGGUAACACCACUGGUAACAAAUGUUUACCUGGAGGCCACCAACAGCAGCACCUACAUCCAGGAUGCUUUCCAGCUUCUCCUGCCAGUUCUGCAGCAGGCAGCCCUGGAGCACUCCAUCCUACUGAGGCAGUCGUGA